AGUUUCUUCUAAAGUGUCAGCCUAACCUGAAGAAGAAGAUCCAGUUUGUGUUUGGAGGAAUCGCUAAAGCAGGAAACCCAACCCUUCUGAAUCAGAUCUACAUAGAGCCCUACAUCACAGAGGGAGGGACUGCAGGGGUCAGUGAUGAACAUGAGGUCAGACAGAUUGAAACAGCAUCCAGGAAACCAGACAGACCAGAAACAACAAUCAGACAAGAAGAUAUCUUUAAAGCCUCAUCUGUUAAAGAUAAACCAAUCAGAACAGUGCUGACAAAGGGAGUGGCUGGCAUUGGGAAAACAGUCCUAACACAGAAGUUCACUCUGGACUGGGCUGAAGACAAAGCCAACCAGGACAUCCAGUUCAUGUUUCCAUUCACUUUCAGAGAGCUGAAUGUGCUGAAAGAGAAAAAGUUCAGCUUGGUAGAACUUAUUCAUCACUUGUUUCCUGAAACCAAACAAGCAGGAAUCUGCAGCUUUGAAGACUUCCAGGUUGUGUUCAUCUUUGAUGGUCUGGAUGAGUGUCGACUUACUCUUGACUUCCACAAAACUACAAUUCUGACUGAUGUUACAGAGUCCACCUCAGUGGAUGUGCUGCUGAUAAACCUCAUCAGGGGGAAAUUGCUUCCUUCUGCUCGCCUCUGGAUAACCACACGACCUGCAGCAGUCAAUCAGAUCCCUCCUGAGUAUGUUGGCAUGGUGACAGAGCUCAAUGGAUUCACUGACCCACAAAAGGAGGAGUACUUCAAGAAGAGAUUCAGUGAUAAGAACCAGGUAACCAAGAUCUUCUCCCACAUCAAGACAUCACGAAGCCUCCACAUCAUGUGCCACAUUCCAGUCUUCUGCUGGAUCACUGCUACAGUGCUUGAGGAUGUACUGAAAACCAGAGAGGGGGGAGAGCUGCCCAAAACCCUGACUGAGAUGUGCAUCCACUUCCUGGUGGUUCAGGCCAAAGUGAAGAAAGUCAAGUAUGAUGGAGGAGCUGAGACAGAUCCACAUUGGAGUCCAGAGAGUAGGAAAAUGAUCGAGUCUCUGGGAAAACUGGCUUUUGAUCAGCUGCAGAAAGGAAACCUGAUCUUCUAUGAAUCAGACCUGACAGAGUGUGGCAUCGAUGUCAGAGCAGCCUUGGUGUACUCAGGAGUGUUCACACAGAUCUUUAAAGAGGAGAGAGGGCUAUACCAGGACAAGAUGUUCUGCUUCAUCCAUUUGAGUGUUCAGGAGUUUCUAGCUGCUCUAUAUGUCCAUCUGACCUUCAUCAACUCUGGAGUCAACCUGCUAGAAAAACAGCAAACAUCCUGGUGGUCUAAACUUUUGCAAAAUAAACCUAAAAGGAAAAAUCUCCACCAGAGUGCUGUGGAUAAGGCCUUACAGAGUCCACAUGCACACCUGGAUUUGUUCCUUCGCUUCCUCUUGGGUCUUUCACUUCAUACCAAUCAGAUUCUUCUACAGGAUCUACUGACACAGACAGGAAAUAGCUCACUGAACAGUCAGGAAACAGUCCAGUACAUCAAGAAGAAGCUCAGUGAGAAUCUGUCUGCAGAAAGAAGCAUUAAUCUGUUCCACUGUCUGAAUGAAAUUAAUGAUUGUUCUCUAUGGAAGGAGAUCCAAACGUCUUUGAGUUCAGGAAGUCUUUCAAAACAAAAACUGUCUCCUGCUCAGUGGUCAGCUCUGGUCUUCAUCUUACUGUCAUCAGAAGGUCUGGAUGUUUUUGACCUAAGGAAAUACUCUGCUUCAGAGGAGGCUCUUCUGAGGCUGCUGCCAGUGGUCAAAGUAACUAGGAAAGCACUUCUGAGCUUUUGUAAGUUUACAGAGAGAAGCUGUAAAACUCUGUCCUUAGUUCUCAGCUCCCAGUCUUCUAGCUUGAGAGAGCUGGACCUGAGUAACAAUGACCUGCAUGACCCUGGCGUGAAGCUUCUGUCCGCAGGACUCAAGAAUCCACAAUGCAAACUGGAAACUCUGAGUCUUUCAGGUUGUCUUAUCACAAAGGACAGCUGUUCUUCUCUGGCCUCAGCUCUGAGAUCUAACCCUUCCCAUCUGAGAGACCUUGACCUGAGUUAUAAUCAUCCAGGAGACUCAGGAGUGGCUCUGCUGUCAGCUAGACUAGAGGACCAACAAUCGAAACUGAAAAACCUUAGGUUGAGGCCUGCUGGAGUCCGAUGGUUGAGACCAGGUCUGAGGAAGUAUAUCUGUGAACCCACACCCAGCGCAAACACAAUACAUACAAAGAUCAAGCUGUCUGACAACAACAGGAAAAUGACAUUGGUGAAGGAGGAUCAGUCAUAUCCUGACCAUCAUGACAGAUUUGAGCUUCCUCAGCUGCUCUGUAGAAAUGGUCUGACUGGUCGAUGUUACUGGGAGGUGGAGUGGAGAGGGAAGGUUGAUUUAUCAGUGAGUUACCGAGGAAUAAAAAAGAAAGGAAGCAGUAAUGGAUGCAGGUUUGGAAGCAAUGAUCAGUCCUGGAGUCUGAGGUGCUCUGAUGACGCCUGUUACCAUGUCUGGCACAAUGAUGAAACAGCAUUCAUCUCCUCCACCUCCUCCUCGGUCUCUCACAGAGUAGGGGUGUAUGUGGACUGUCCUGGUGGCACUCUGUCCUUCUACAGAGUCUCCUCCGACACUCUGAUCCACCUCCACACCUUCAGCACCACAUUCACUGAGCUUCUGUACCCUGGAUUUGGGUUCUGGUCACCUGGUUCUUCAGUGUCUCUGUGUGCAGAUGCAAGAGGUAAACUGACUUGGGAUAGAAAACUUUCAGACAGUGUCCCAGAGAGGUCGAGUACAACUUCCAGAGACACACUGGACUCGGGAUUCGAGCUGGAUCAUACCACAGCAGAAACAGAUCAAGAGGACGUGAUGGAGUCUCCAACAAGCUUCCAACAUGCAGUUCAAACUGAGUCUGCACGAAUCUUCUACAGGUAAUGACAAGAAAUCCACACCUCCACCUUUUUACAGCCCAUCAGGUAAUGUUUUCUUUAAAUUAGACUAACUUCAGCACCCUGAUGUGCCAUUAUGUUCCUGUUAGACGAUCAUGCAAACAAAAAGUUGAGUGGACAGUUCCUGCCAUAACACGAUUGCAUUGUAUAAACGUGGUCAUUUUUCUCCCCACAGAAUGAACACAAACAACACCUGAGUGUGUCAGGACCUUAAUCUCAGCACUGACUCUUCAGUGUUGCUGUGACGUAAUGCAUGUUGCUAGAGUUAUUUGAAUUUUCAGCUACACAGUUGCUCACAGUUUUUCUGAUG